AUGCAACAGGUUUUUAGAGAAAUGAUUAAAACUUCAACUAUUACUAUAUUAGUUGCUGCUAUUGCUAUAUCGUCAUGUGAAGAUAGCUUUUCUCUUGAUAUUAUAUAUUUACAAUUGAUUCUUCAUGAUACAAAUGAAUUAAUUAAUGGUAAUAUUCUACAAUUUGAUUAUCUAUAUUAUCGUGUAACUAAAGAAAAAUUAGCUAAUCAAGAAUUAUCAAAUGUAAUUGACGAACAAGAUCAAUAUGUUACAUUUAAAGAAUUACGUAUUUCAAAUAUUAGUAUAGAAGAAUUAAUAUCAUGCUCAACUNCUCUAAUUGAUUUGAUUGGAACAUAUCAAUAUUCAUUUGAAAAUAGUGAAUAUAUGUCAAUAAUUGAUAUUGUUGAAAAUGAAUUUAAUUUAAAAUAA